GAAAAGAGCGUAAAAAUGUUGGAACGUCGGCUCGACGCCGCACGGCCAUCUUUAAGCCCUCCGCUUGACUACUCGUUCCCGCGGCCGACUGGAUCGGACAAGUGUCUCCAACUUCCAAAAACUUUGUCGCUACUCGAAGAUGAUACCGGUUUUUCAACUCAAUAGGGUUUAUGGAUUGGGUUGGAUUGAAUUGACCCACAAAUUUGGGCCCAGUUAGACUCACAAAAAGAUCAAAAAGACAGUUUCCCAGUAAACCAACCCUAAAAAAAUUCACUUUUCCAAACCCUUGGCGGCGAUCCCGAUCACGAUGAACCCUACGGAACAAUCCGCGGCCGUCGAAGACCAGGAGGCCCCCGUCCAACCUCUCAACGCAGCGAAACCGGAGAGCGACGUUGCAAUUGGGAGUCUCUUCGUCGACAAAGUGAAGGCUGAGAAAUCCGCCGUCGAGAAGGAGCCUGAGGCUUUCCGACAAGCCGUGGCCAAUAUUCUCGAGCGUCGUUCUUUCUACAAUCCAUCUUUCGAUAUUUACGGUGGCGUCGCCGGACUUUUAGAUUACGGUCCCAGUGGCCGCCUUGUUGAACUUAAUGUACUUAGCCUCUGGCGUAAGUAUUUCGUUAAUGAGGAGGACAUGCUUGAAGUUGGUUGUUCAGCUUUGACACCAGAGAUCGUUUUCAAUGCAUCUGGGCAUGUAAAAAAGUUCACUGAUCUUAUGGUCAAGGAUGAGAUAACUGGUGCAUUUCACCGUGCCGACCACUUGAUCAAGGGUUAUUGUGAAAGGCGAAAGAAAGAUGUUAGCAUCUCUGCUGAGAAAGCUGCUGAAUUUGAUAAUCUCCUCGCUGCUGUGGAAGAUCUUUCUGCCGAAGAGCUUGGCGCCAAGAUAAAGGAAUAUGGAAUCACUGCUCCCCACACUAAUAAUCCACUUUCUCAUCCUCCUCGCCCGUUCAACUUGAUGUUUCAAACAUCCAUUGGCCCAACUGGUUCCGCUCUCGGUUACCUGCGUCCUGAAACUGCUCAAGGCAUUUUUGUCAACUUUAAGAACUAUUAUAAUGACAAUGGGAGAAAACUUCCUUUUGCCGUGGCUCAAGUUGGUCGAGUCUUUAGGAAUGAGAUAUCCCCUCGUCAAGGGCCUAUAAGAGCUCGUGAAUUCUUGCUGGCAGAAAUUGAGCACUUUGUUGAUCCUGAGAAUAAGUCACAUCCCAAAUUCCCUGACGUAGAAUCAUUGGAAUUGCUUAUGUUUCCUAGAGAAGAACAAGAAAUGUCUGGCCAAUCUGCGAAAAAACUUUGCCUUGGCGAAGCUGUUGCCAAUGGAACUGUGAACAGUGAAACUCUAGGAUACUUCAUUGGGAGAGUGUAUCUUUUCCUUGUCUGUCUCGGCAUAGACAAGGAACGGCUGCGUUUCCGCCAGCACAAAGCAAAAGAAAUGGCCCACUAUGCAGCAGAUUGUUGGGAUGCUGAAAUUGAUUGUUCAUAUGGGUGGAUUGAAUGUGUUGGAAUUGCCGAUAGGUCUGCUUAUGACUUACUUGCUCACUCCAAAAAAAGUGGCGUUGCUCUUGAGGCUGAAGCCAAAUUGGCAGAGCCUAUAGAAGUAGAGAAACUUAUUUUUACCCCUGCGAAGAAAGAACUGGGUCUUGCAUUCAAGGGAGAUCAAAAGAAUGUGGUUGAAGCUUUGAAGGCGCUGAAUGAGCAAGAAGCUAUGAAGAUGAAGGCGACCCUAGAAUCCAAAGGGGAAGUCGAGUUUGAAGUGUGUACCCUCGGGAAAAACGUGACCAUCAAGAAGGACAUGGUGUCAAUCUCAAAGGAGAAGAAACUAGUGUUUGAGCGGGUUUUCACCCCGUCAGUGGUUGAACCAUCUUUUGGGAUUGGACGGAUCAUAUAUUGUAUGUACGAGCAUUGUUUCAGCACAAGGCUAAGCAAGGCAGGGGAUCAACAACUGAACGUGUUCCGUUUCUCCCCUCUUGUAGCACCCAUCAAGUGCACGGUUUUCCCGCUUGUGCAGAACCAACAAUUUGAGGAAGCAACCAAAGUUAUUUCCAAACAACUCAAAUCUGAUGGCAUCAAACACAAGAUUGACAUCACAGGUACAUCGAUAGGAAAGAAAUAUGCAAGAGCUGAUGAGCUUGGUGUGCCAUUUGCAAUAACAGUGGAUUCACAGACGUCAGUCACAAUAAGGGAUAGAGAUAGCAGAGACCAAGUCCGAGUCAGCUUGAAAGAGGUAGCUUCCGUCGUGACCUCCAUGGCUGAGGGGAAGAAGACGUGGCAGGAGGUCUGUGGAAGAUUGAAUGUUUAGGGGUUGUGUUUACAAUUACUUAGCAGUGUGAUUUAAAGCAUGUUUAUGAUAUGGCCGGUAUUGUAUGUUAUUUCAAAAUGAUCUUCAGGUCCUAUUAAGCAUGUUUAGUAUUAUUUACCUUUCCUGUCAAUAAAAACAGGGACGCUGAAAGGGUUUGUGUUGUGUAACAGUUUGAUGCUUACUAUUGUAGCUAGACACGUUCUCAACAACUUCCUAGAUA